UGCAUCUUACCUUUUCUAUUUCUUUCUCACUUUCUCUCUCUCUCUCUCCCCUAUUUACUAUCAAAUUGUACAGUUUUUCUGUUUGAAUUACAUUUUUCCCUUUUUAUAAGAAUAGAAUUCAAGAAAUAAAAAAAAGAUUUCACGCUUGGUAGCUUAAGAUAGCCUUGAAUUUUUUCAUUACUCUUUUCCUUCUAAUCAUUCGUUUCUCCAUUCAAUCUCUAGGGCUCACUCUUCCUCUUCAUUUAGCUCAUUCAUCUUUUUCAUCAUCUUUCAACCGACAAAACAACGUUUUCUGAGUUUCAAAAGUCUCGGGGAACGAUUAAACUCUCAAUUAAACGAAUGGACAACGGAAGUAGCAACAACAAAAUUUCAUCCAAAAUUUGACAUUCAACAUCUUGUAUGCUUUUCACUGUCAACAUGAAAAGUUAUUCAACGUUUGUUUACAUUAUUUUAUAUUGUUUAAGUCAAAUUAUUUACCUUUCAUCAAUAAACUGCCAAUUAUCAGCUCCAUAUGAACUUAAUUUAGGACAUCCAUUGGCUUUACCACUCACAAAUGGAACCUCAUUGACUUCAUCAUCAUCAAGUUCAUCAGAACCUCUUUCAUCAACAUUAUCCACUAACUCAGCGGACCUUUUAGGUUCUAAACUCAAACGUUCAUCUUCAUGUGGAUCAGAGAUUCACCGAUCGGAGGGUUGGAUACAAUCACCCAAUUAUCCAAGUAAUUAUCCUGAUUCAACUUACUGUGUCUACACAAUUCAUCGGUACAAUCAUGAUGUUUGCCGGAUCGAGGUUCGUCUUAAUGAAUUUGAUUUGGAAGACACAAGACCUCUCUGUGAUGCAGAUUAUCUUGAUAUUGGAUCAGGUUCAAAAAUGUGUGGAACCUUAAUUGCUGAUGCUAAGUAUGUCACUUAUUUCAAUUAUGGUGAAUAUACAUUGAAUAUAAUAUUUCGAAGCGAUCAUCAGCGCACAAGAAAAGGAUUUUUAGCACAUAUACGUCAAGUUCCUAAUUCAUGUGGAGUUCUUGAUGAUAUUCUUGGUGGUUCAGUGAUUCCACCUAGAUCCACACCUAACAUCAACCGUGAAUCCAGGCAAUAUUCAGUUGACUCACCAUCAGAAACUUGUGAUACAACAAUAACUUCUUUCAAUGGCUAUAUACGAUCUCCUUCUUGGCCCUCUGAUUAUCCUCCAAAUAUGCAUUGUAUUUACACUAUUCGUCGACCUGCAAUCAAUGUUUGUCAAGUUGAAUUGGAAGUCCUUUCAUUUUCGGUUUCUUCAGAUGGUUACACUGAAUCGGGAUCACACGAGUGUUCUUCUGAUUUCCUUGAAUUGCCUGAUCGAAGUCGACUUUGUGGCUACAGAAAGGAUAAGCGAACGUUCACUUAUCCAUCAAACAGUGAUUCAAUGAGCCUUACAUUUAAAAGUGAUUCCAAAGGAUCAGCAUCUGGAUUUAACAUACAAAUACGUCAAAUACCAUAUUCUUGUGACAUUUAUCGAGCUCCAAAAGGAAAUAAAUGUGACCAACGAAUAAGCGCAAGUAGAUAUCGUCUAAGAUCACCUGGAUAUCCUGGUUAUUAUGGUCCAAAAGAAAAUUGUGUUUACACGAUUGAAAAAGCAACUCCAAACACUUGUGGUUUUGUAAUGGACUUUAUCCGUUUCUCGCUGGAACAGGGUCGAGAUAAGAAUGGCCUUUGUAAUAAAGAUUACCUGCAUCUUCCAGACGGAGAUCGUUUGUGUGGGGACAUAACGGGAAGAAAGAGUUUCAUCUUCCCCCAAACAUUAAACAGCUCAAUCACGCUGUUUUUUUCAAGUGAUGGUUACAGAGAAAGUCCUGGUUUUGAUAUAUUGAUAAGUCAAAUUCCUUGUGGUUCACCAGCACCAUCACCAAUAAUACCAGAUCCGUAUUCAUCAAGGCGAGGAUUGCUUAGACCACCUCCAACAUCUCAAUCACUUUCACCUGUCUCAGAGCAAUCAGAGGCAAAAUUGUGUAACAAAUUGAUCAACAAUCAACUAGCUGUUAUAACAAGUCCCAACUAUCCAUCAGAUUAUCCACCCUACAGUCGAUGUUCAUAUAUAAUUCAUAGAUCAUCACCGGAUAUUUGCCAAGUAAAACUCCAGUUUCUCAAUUUGGAUUUGGAAAAAACAAGCGACUGUCGAACGGACUAUUUACAAAUUGAGCAAACCAAUGAAAAAUAUUGUGGCCGUCAGUGGCUUCUACCAGAUAAGAUUCUUCGAUUUCCGUACAAUUCUGAUAAUUUACGGCUCAACUUCAUCUCUGAUGGACAAACUAAUAGGCCAGGAUUUGAAAUAAGAGUAACACAAAUAAGAAAUUCGUGCUUCCGUCCAGUUUCUGAAGAAGAUCAAAGAGAUCAAAAAGUCAACAACGUCUGUGAUUCAUCAAAUACGAUGAAAGGAGUCUUUAGAAGUGGAAAUUAUCCAGCACCAUAUCCAGCAAACGUCAACUGUAUUUAUCGAAUAGAAAAAUAUAGCAGAUCAGUUUGCCGAGUAACGAUCAUGUUCUCAGACUUUUCGGUGGGAACAUGGGAAAGACGAGUUUGUGUAAACGAUCAUCUUUCAAUUGACGGUAAACGCUAUUGUGGCUAUCGACGAGGUGAAGUGAUAACAAUCGACUUCCCAGCUGACCAAUCUCAUAUUGAUCUAACCUUUAAAACUGAUUCAACUGAUCAUUAUGGUGGCUUCAGAAUUGACUAUCAACAAGAAACUGCAAACUGUGGUUAUUCAUCAAUCAAUAGACGUCUAAUAUCAACAGGCGAAUCAUGCACAGGACAAAUAUUUUACCGAACAUCAUUCCAAAUAUCAACCCCAGGAAUAGAUUCAGGUUCAUAUGAAGAUAAUCUUGACUGUGGUUAUCUGGUCCGAAAAGCUUCCUAUGAUGUUUGCGCCUUGGAAGUUAAAUUUAAUUUGUUUGAUUUAGAGGAAUCACCAAAUUGUGUUAAAGAUCAUUUGGAAAUUGAAGGAAUCAAAGUUUGUGGCAAAUUACCCUCUGAUUCAGUUAGAACUUAUGAGUUCAAAGAUAACGAAUUAUUAAUUAAAUUCCACAGUGAUUCAAGUGGAACCGGAGCUGGUCUUUUGUUGACUCUUAAGCAGAUUAGAUGUUGACUUGGUGACAAUUUUCCAGCGGAAACAAUUCUAAAAACAUAACAAUGGAACCGAAGGCGCAAAUGGAAGCUUACUUGGAUUUUCAAAUUUUUAGACUUGUUUAUCAAAAAAAAUAUGUUGACUGAAACUCAUCAUCGAUACCCGAAAAGUUUUUUUACAACACAAUUGCUGUUGAAUAACCAGUCAAUAAAUAUUUUCUGUAGUUA